GUUUCCGGUUCCGGCGCCGCGAUGUCGCGGGUUGGGGGUGGGCUGCUGCUGUUCGGGGGCUUCCUGGCGGCCGUCACGGCGGCGCUUUACCCCGUUUACAUCCACCCGCUGAUGCACAUCGAGCAGUACAAGCAGCAACAGAAGGUGAAUCGAACUGGAAUAAAUCAAGAAGAAAUCCAACCUGGAGGAAUGAAAGUCUGGUCUGACCCGUUUAUUAAGAAGUAGAGUCACUAUCAGCUUUUCUUUAUAACGAAGAAAUGGUUCAGAGCUGGUAUAUUUGCUGUGUUCCUGUACCAAAUCAUCUGAGAUCAUCUUAUGCGGAGGCAGAGAAAAUUGCUGUUGGCUGCAAAAUAAGUACUUUAUAGCGUCUAAAAACAGAAGCAAUAGUAUGUUCAGAAAAUUUCGUUCUACAGUGUAUUUUGCUGUUAAUUUUAAUGCCCUGUGAUAACUGUUAAAUAACGUCUUUCAUUAUGACUUGUAGCAGAUAAAUAAAAAUUGUUUCUAUGUGAGUAAAAGUGAAUGGAAAACAUUAAAGUUUGAAAUCAAA